AUGCAGAGCCUGCGGGCCGACCUGCGGGACCUGCAGGCAGCCAUCGCCGACGUCUCCUCCCGGGUCGGGGCCGUGCGCGUCCCCUCGUGGAAGUUCCCCAACAAAGCGGCCUGUGACGUGGACAUGGAGGAGCUUCUGGAGCUCUACGACUACACCGAGCAGGACCCCGAGUUCACCCAGCACUCCCAUGUGGUGCUGCUGGAGCUGGUGAUAGACAGGCUCCUGCUGCUGCUCCAGAGCUUCACGAGCUACACAGAAAACCUGCUGAGCAAGCGAGCUGUGCCCCCGGCACAGGCAGCAGGACCCAGCAUGUCUGCAGGGCUGACAGCCAGGAGGUACUGGUCCAGCAUGCUGAAGCUGGAGGCCUUCUACCAGCAGCUCCUGGCUGAGAAGAAAGCUCUCAAGAAGGAGCUCCCCCCACUGCAACUCACUCCCCAGGCUGGCAGUGGGGAGAAGCAGCUCCUGCAGGACCGUUUGCCAGACAUCCUGGAGAGAACUUCCCGGGAGGCCACCUCGGCCACCUCUCGGUUCCCACCGCUGAGCAGCAGCCAUGGCAUCCCCACGGAGGCCACUGGCACGUCCCUGGCGCCCUGUGCCGCCUGUGCCGGGGCCCAGGCCGGUCUCCGGGAGGUGGGCAGAGCCAUCACCAGCAUCUGCCAGAGCCAGAACAUCCCCUCGGCGCUCGGCAAGUUCCAGGCGGCGGAGGAGAGCAGAGGGAGAGGGACCCUCUCUGCAAGGGACGUGAGCUACUGGGCCUCGGAGCAGAGCAAGGACCUGUCCCGGAUCGAG